GUCGGCUUAAAGGGGUGUGAAUGAUGCUUUGUUAAAGAGUGAAACACAAGGUAAAUCAUACUCUGUCCUGCCUGGAUUGGAUAUAUCUCAUAAAACAAUAAUUUUCUAGAAAACCUUGCAGGAUGAAAAUAGAUAUCCACAGUCACAUUCUUCCAACGGAAUGGCCUGAUCUCAAAGAGGUAAUAAGGAGCAGUCUGUUUGAUGUCAGUCGAUAAAUAACACACGAUUUCAAUGAAAUGUUUAUAGAAUUUAUCUUAGAUUUGCAUGUUGCCACAAAUCGUAGUCUGCACCAACAGUAGUACUGUUUAAAACCUCAGAGACGUAGGUUCAUUACUGGCAGAGCGACUAAACCUUUCAUCCUUCCACGCUCAAGUAAAUGACAACCAAUUAGCAGUCUGUCAAUAAUAUUUGUCUCCUUGGGCAAAUUGGAAUAUUUAAUCUUUCUUUUCUCGUUAAAUACUCUUAUAUUAAAUACUCUUAUAUUAAAUACUCUUUCUUUUCUCGUUAAAUACUCUUAUAUUAAAUACUCUUAUAUUAAUUUUUCUUACAUCUAAUAGUAAUACAAGUGGCGAUAGUAGUAUUAGUCGUUUAUUUUCAUUUUAAUUCAUCAUAUUUUUCAUGUUUUUUCAUCAGAUUGUUUUCUGGUUUUUAUUUUUAAUUAUUAAUUUUAUUUAAAAUUAAUGUGCAUUUUCUAUGAUAUAUGAAAUAUUUGCUAUACAUACUCAUCUGGAGGCUUUAAAAUGAUCCACUGAAUGGGCCUAGAGAGGAUAGUAAUCCCAGCAGAAAUGUAAAGAAAAAAUCUUCCAUCUCCCCCUUAAUUUCAAAUGGCCAAAGAGGGACUUGAUUUAGUGGCUCAGGCUGUAGAUGAGACCAAUUUCUACAACAAUUUUGGUGAAUUAAUUUUCUACCGCUUAUGAAGGUGAUAAAACGAUUUAGAUCUAAAACAAUUUAAUAAUACCUACUAAUUUCAAAAACUAAUUUAUUGUAGUUUAAAUUUCCCUCCAGAAUUUCUAAAACAAAGAAUAAAAAAUUGUAACAAAUUCUUAAAAUUUUGAAAUCUGGUCACCAAUUGAUGACAAAGCACUGUUUAGUAAAUACGCUCCUUUACUAGUGAAUUAAAAUAUUAACGGAACACUGUAGUGGCAUCAAGGCAUACAAUAUAAAUUGGAAAACAUUUUUUAAAAUUUUAGAAAAAAUAAAUAGCACAGACAGCUCAUGCAUAUAUCUAACGUGUAACAGUUCUACUUCCAGAUAUUUCUUUCCUAGGCAAGACACAUUCAUGGUUAAUAAGAGAGAGUGGUUCUUUAUCUACCUAUCACAGAGACUGCAGAUAACUGGCACACUUUCACUGCCCUCACUCAGAUCACAGAUCGCUUACUCAGCGGAAAAAGAAGCCUGCGCAAAUAUUGAUACACAAACACAUUAGCAAGCUUGCUAACGCUACAGUUCAAAAUAGCUUUAACACAGCUUUAGGAGAUCUCAUAUUAACAAGAUAAGCACAGGCCAGUAGUUAGAUCACUAUAGAUAUUGUCUAUUUAACCCCUUAAGGACCAAGCUUCUGGAAUAAAAGGGAAUCAUGACAUGUGUCCUUAAGGGGUUAAAGGAAACCUGUGACCACCUGUCAUAAACAACCUUAGCUCUUUUAAAAUAAAUUAAAAUUCCAGCUACACAUUGUGAUGGCAGUUUUGCUAGCAAAUGAAUAGAUUGGGAGAAAAAAAUAUUUAAAUAUAGGAUUUUCUCCCAUUUGUCUCUCAAUUCCUUGGCAGACACUCAAUGCCAAGGAAUCGAGAGACAGGUGGAGGAGAAGAGACCACUCAUUGGAGGGUCCUCUGCUUUUGCAUGCGCUGUGGUUGCCAUAGUAACUCUUUUGCCAGUACUGCUAGCGCUGGCUAGGGAAUAUAGGAAGAGGGUCAUAACCUCCUAGCCAGUCCCCAAGCAGGAGGAAUCAGUACAGAGCAGAGGAGAGGUGCAGGCAGACCAGAGGAGGGUGUUACAGAACUCUAACACCCACCUCUUUCAUGAGAUUGUGGCGGGGGCUGAGUGUCAGGUAAAGCCAUGACAAUUUCCAUAUAAAGGAUCGGUAGCAUUUUAAUCAAAGAGAAAUAAUGAAACAGAACGGGGUUUAUUCUCUAAAUCAAUCAUUUGUGGAGAUUUGAGGAAGGGAUUACCUUAAUCAAUGCUAAAUUGGCCUAAAACUAUUUUUAAACUAAAAUAGUAGAAUCUGGCUAAUUGUAACACGGAUAUUUUAGCAACUUAGUUAUCAAGGCUCAAAAUGUUUUAAAUUAUCUAUUCAGUGUUCCAAAAUUUAACGUGAUACGAGGUAACGUGAAUAAGGUUCGGAAUAGUGAUAUACACCUUUAUUUUUGCACUAGUCUCCUCUAUCUAUCUGUCUGUCUGUCUAUCUAUGUCUAUCUGUCCAUCUAUCUUUCCCGCUCUGUCUGUCUGUCUUUGUAUAUCUGUUAUCUAUCUAUCUACCUACCUAUCUAUCUAUCUAUCUAUCUAUCUACCUACCUACCUAUCUCGCUCUGUCUGUCUGUCUUUGUAUAUCUAUCUAUCUCUCCCUCCAUUGAGAGGUUUAGUGGGUUAUGUACCUAUUUACAUACAGUAUAUCUGUGAUUAUGUAAAGAUCAUGCUUUCUCCAUUGUUACCAAGUCUAUAGGCAGAGCAGCCAGGGAGACAUUUAGCAGCAGGACCUCCCAUCUCCCUGCCUGCUUGUUUAAGCUUUUCUUUGCUAUUAAAAUAUUAAUGAAGAGUUGAAGGUCACCUUGAGAGUCUGUGGCUGAGUCAUGUACUUCAAGGUGCAGAACCUGUGUGCUUAGCAGCUAAUAAUUAACAAAUUGCAUGUUGUAAACAUUUUUUGUCUUCACUUUUUUCCUUUCCCUUUUUUUGGCUUGUUUUAGACAUUCUGGGUUUUUUUUUGUGAAUAGAACAAACUGAGAAUAUUUGUCUAGAAAUUAAUGCUGUUUCCUUUUCAAACGAGCACAGAGCAGACAGUGGAAGAUUCUUCCAAUGCCUCUCAGAAACAGAAUAAAAAGGCAGAGACGGGGAACAGAAACUGAAACAUAACUCUAAGCUUUGAUUACUAGCACAGAACAUGGGCAGAACCAUAUAUUAGGGCGUAAAAGAAAACCUGUGGCCGAUCACAUUGUCUUACAAAGAAGGAGCCACUUGUCUCACGGCCACAUCCAACGGAAUUUUCAGUAAAUUUCAAAGAAAGUUAAUCUAGAAAUUAAAAAUAAGCCGCAAAACCUGCAAUGGAUGAAGAGAAACUGUCACAUCUCUGGAAAUGAUACAUUUUAAUAAAACUCUCCAUUUUGCUCCAUUUUGUUUUCAAUGUAUAUUAAUGAUUUAGAAGUUGGCAUCACAAUCCAGUUCAGUGCUGGCACAGUCAGUCAGAGCACACAUUGAAGAAGACAAAACAGAAACAUUGAUAAUUGUAAUAAUUUCUCUCCUGGUCACUUACUUUAGCAGGCGGUGGGUGAGGCUUAGCCCGAUGGUGCUAAUGGAAGCUUCUGGUAGGAGCUUGUAAGUCCAGAGGAGGAGUUGACCAGUAAUCCUAGCAUCAUAACCAUUACAGUGUGCUUAAGUUGUUAUGGUGCUUUGAAUGGUCCUUUGAAAUCAGUCAUACAAAGCCCAGCAUUGUAGCAGACAAUACUUAAUGUGAGUCAAGAAUGGUAAGGGGUAGUAUUUAUAGAAUUUAUAGCGAUGAGUGCAGUCUAGGAUUUCAGGCGAUAUUUACAGCUAGUUGUACUCACUGUGUGGGAUUUUUUUAAGGAUUCAUUAUAAUCAUCAAUAUUAAUGGUUUUAGGCACAUUCGCCUGGUUUUACAAUGUAACUGUGUUAACAGAUGGUCAACAAUUAAAAAUUUUAGAUCAUUCUUUGUUUUCUUUCAACGCAGAAAUAUGGCUACGGUGGCUGGGUCCAGAUGCAUCAUCACUGCAAGGUACGUGCUGUUCAUUUCCUUAAACUCAACCUGUCCAAAACAGAGCUUCUGGUUUUUCAAGUGUUGCUACUCCCGUGUCUGUCUCCCUCCAAGUCGAUGGCACUACCAUCACCUCUAUCUCGCAGGCUCGCUGCCUGGGUGAACUUUUUGACUCCACCUUCACCCCUCAUGUCCAAUCAAUCGCCAAAUCCUGUCGUUUCCAUCUCAAAAACAUAGUGCGCAUCCGCCCCUAUUUAACGCCGGAUGCGGCUAAGGUGCUGGUCCAUGCUGUUGUUCUCUCUCGCCUUGACUACUGCAAUCCCCUUCCCAGUGGACUUACGUGUUCCUAGAUGGCAAUGCUGCAAUCUAUAAUGGCAAGGCUCAUUUUCCUGUCUGCUCGCACCUCCCACGCCUCCCUGCUCUGUCAGUCCCUGCAUUAGCUUCCAGUUAGAUAUAGGGCUCAAUUUAAAAUUCUGGUGCUUGCUUACAAAUUCUGGUGCUUGCUUACAAGUUCCUACAUAAUGCUGCUCCAACCUACCUAUCCUCCCUAAUGCACAUGUAUGUCCCGUCGAGGUCCCUACGCUCUGCCAACGACCUACGUAUAUCCUCUGUCCGUACUCCCACCUUUAAUGCUCGCCUCCAAGAUUUCUCCAGGGCUGUACCACUUCUGUGGGACUCGCUUCUCCGUAAGAAAUUCACCCAUUCUCCACUCAAUAAAUCAUUGAAAACUCACUUCUUCAAGAAAGCAUAUCAAUUAAGCAGGUUUUCAUCCUCCACCCCCCAUGACUCCUCUCCGGCAACUGUCAAAAAUCAUCUGCUAAGCCCUCAGUGAAUACUUUUCUAACAACCUACUUUGUACCCCUACUUUUACACUUUGUGUCACUAUACCCCACUCCCUCUAGAAUGUAUCCCCUCUGUUCCUGUACGUCCAGUUGUCUGGUUACGAUUACAUGUCUGUUAGUCCACCUAUUGUACAGCGCUACGGAAUCUAAUGGCGCUAUAUAAAUAAUAAUUAUUAUUAUGUUAGGACAUAGUACAUUGAGGGAGAACUGUCACUGUUGCACCAUUGAGUAAAACUCUGAAUAUAACCUACAAUUUGUGUUUUUAUGGGAUGUUUCAGUUUCUUUUACAUUUAUAUUAAAGAUUUAGGAAAUGGCAUCACAAUCUAAUUUAGUAUCUGCACAAAAUUCGGUUAGAUUUUUUCUUUUUUUUUUUUCUUUGUCUCUGUUUAAUUAAUUUUAUUUUCCUAAUCAGCCUGUUUGGUGAUGUUACUUUUAAAGGACACACUCAAUUUAUACAAAUUAAUUACUAGCUAAUGACUGCUUACUUCAAGAAAAAUAAUGUAAAUCAAGCCAAAACUUGGCAUUAGGGUGGAGGUUAUUCACAAAACAAUGCAGCAUUAUGAAUUGAAAAUUAAAAUUGCAACAUUCAUGCCACAACAACAAUGGAUACCCUCUAACACUGACGUCCCAAGAAGGCGAAUGCUAGUAAGAGAAGGGAAAAGGGGACAUGCCAGGGUAAGGAUCUGCCCAAUAAGGGGACGGGUAUACCCAAAUUCUGAAACACCAAAAAAAGUGCUAAGUAAAGCAACCAAAAUAAAAAUACAAUUUAACUUAUAAAGCAAAAGCUUCCAAGGGUACCUGUCACAGUACUUUAUAUUGUCUAGGCUGUGACACAGCUUGGGGAGGUCCAUGAAGGGGAGCGGGAACCUUCCCACGGUCCCUCUCAUCUCACCAGCGGUUCCAGCGCCAGACGAUGUAGCUCCGCCCCUCAAAAUUUGCCUGUUUUGGGGACAUGGCUAUAGAUUAAAGGCAUAGGAUAUUAAAGGUCAUUUAGGUUAUGGAUCAUUUCCCUGUUGUGGUUUCUGUUUACAGUUCUCAAGAGUGCGUUAUAUUCUAUAUUCUCCGUUCUGUUCUCCAGUGACUAGGCUAUCGGUUUCUCGCUUCCAUGAUUUCUGGCUUCUCUGACUCUGCUUGUCCCUGGCCAUUCUUUAUCUAACAUCGUAUAACCCGGCCAUUCUAAGCACCGAUAAACGUUGUCUAAUCUAUUAUCAUAUAGACACUCUGUGUUGGGUUACUAGAUAUUGGGACAUUACCCUUCCCAGAUGGAUACCUCUUAAGACAAUGUGUAAAUAUGUAGAAAACAGAGGGAUACAGCUGAAUAACCUAAAAGUAAAAAAAAAAAAAAAAUUCAAGUACAUAGUAUAAUACAAUAAAAACAUACAAGACUUGCACUCAAAAAAUGUUGAGUAUAAGAUCGUCUUAAGGGUGCCUUCCCCCGGUGGUGCUGAGGGGCCAAAGUGACUUCUUUUCCUCUUACUGGUGGUUGAAUUCAGUAACCAGAAGGUACAGGAAUCAGGUAAAAUCGAAAACCAUUUACUUUGAAUAACAGAUAAAAUAAUAUCAAAAUAAGCCCGGUCCUACGCGUUUCGUUCUAUUACCAGAACUUCCUCGUGGACCUUUCGCAAUAAAACAUACAAUCAAAUGCAGUCAAAAAAAUGCCACCUGAUACCACCAGGACUGAACAGGCCUAUAUCUGGGGCCAAUGUGCGAUCAUAUUCUAUAGUUUAUUACUAUUUGUAUCUACUCAUUAUUUAUAAGGCACAGUAUAUCACAGAGUGCUGUAUAGCUAUAUACUUUUCAAAUAAAAUACAGCUGAUUAAACACCAUGAUUUCAAAAAGGUUUACAUAGUACAUGUGAGAGAGAAGCACCUGGUAUCUAAUGUAAAACUGAAAAAAACUAAGAAUUUUUGGAAUGCUGGUGUUUCCAGCAUAAAAUCGAGAACUGUUUGAUGUGUAAAAUAGUAAUUUUUUAAAUAAUUUUUUUGAUUUAGGAAAACAUUAUUACGUGUUAUUUGUGUUAAAAUUGGCAUUUGGGAUUUGAUUUGUGAAAGAACGGACCAAAUAAAUGAGGCUCUGAUUACGGGGUAGAAAUGUGAGGGUUUCCAUGGCAACACUGGGCAGCCUUUCAACUAUUUAUAAACAAACCCUCUCCUGAGGAUACUAGCAUGCUUCCAGUCAAUAUGUACACACAUUCGCUCCUGUGUAAAGACUAAUGAAAAAUACUUACUGUGGAUGCAUAUUUAUAAGUUUUCCUUAAUUAGAACAGCUGGGGGAAUAUUUACUAAAUGGGGCAUAAUUUGGAAUCGCUCAUUACGAACAUCUCCCAUUAUUUGCAUGUUGUGCAUAUGGAUAUUUAAUAAACUGUAUACACAGUUUAAAGAUUACACAUAAAUAGUGCUAAUGCUGGAGCUAAUCCAGUAAAUGGAAUAUACUGCAAAAAUAUCCAUGAUCAAUAUUAUGUUGGAAAACCAGAUAGAAGACUUCACGCGUAUGUUUAAUAUCACAUUGUAUGGCAUUUCUUCAAAGAUGUGCGUAAAUCCGUUUACCAAUUUACUAACGUAAUCGCAAAUGUUCUCUAUGAUUAAAUGAUAGUGCCGACCAGGCUCUGUCAGUUGGAAAAUUGUUUGGGGUUUAUUAACUACACUGAGUUAUAGGAAAACUGAAAAUUGCAAAUUUUAGAUAGAGAUAGUUUAGAAUGUAAGUCGGAGAAUUUUCGCGAUUCAUCUAUUUCAGUCUAAAAUUGACAUUUCCCUUAUCAGUUCUUUAAAACUUGCAUUUUAGUGAAUAAGUCCCUCUUUGUUCUUGACUAUAAUCAGUAUGCAUGGGCAGGCAGAAUCACAUCACUUCAUUCUGUGAUGCAUAAAAGUUGUGUGAUGGAAACAAAUAAAAAGUUGUGUAAAGUUUCAGAAACUGUCCUAAAUUAAAUUUACAGAGCUUAGAUAUGAUCAAUAUAGUGGGAGCCCUUUGGUCGAUUCUUACAGAUAUCUUUGUUUACUAAAAGACUUAUUUAUAAUACAGCCACAACAAUUUCCCUGAACAUAAACAGAGAACCCAGACCUCGGGGGCGUUAAUCUCUUAUUGGAGGUGCGAUAGGGAUGUUUAGCUCCACCUACUUCUCAUACUGCUAUACUCUCAAAUGUAUUUUUACUUUAAUGUAUUUAUUUAUAAAUUUGAGAGGCAGAAUUUAAGGUUAUUAUGACCAAUAUUGGACAGUUUUAAUUAUAAACUAGAACACUCUGUUUAUUGAAUAAAUUCUUCAAUCAAUGCUACCUAACUAUCUUCCUUAAUUCUAUCAGUCAAGCAAAUAAAUGAAUAGAAAAUUGACCUUUCGACAGAGAGAAGUUUGCAUUAACGAGCAAUGCAUUGUGCGUUGUAGGGUUAGGAGACACAUCCAAUUUUACAGAGGAAAUGUCCCAUUUAUGCUUGUGAUAAUCUCUUUUAUGCUCAUUUAAAAUAUGCAGAGAAGGUUAGUAAAUAUCUCCUAAUGCCUGUCAUACUAAUUGGGCUUUUGGCUCUAUUAUCUACUGCCUUUUUUCAAAAGCACCAAGAUUAACAUGGUGCAAACAUGUUCUCAUGCUCAUGAUUUUUUGCGCAAGUUCACUCUUGCCAACCUUCUGCGUGGAAUUUACUAAGACAGAGAGGGUGUUUACAGGUGAGGAAUCAUGAAAAAGAGGAGCCUUAAAAUGGACAUUCCAGCAACUGUUAUUUUAUCUGUAUUUGUCAAUGGACUAGACCAGGGGUGGGGAACCUUAUAUUUGCCAAGGAUCAUUUGGAUAUUUAAAACAUCAUUCGGGCCAUGCAAAAAUAUCAACUUGAAAAUUAGCCUGCUGUAUUUGGUCAAACAUUUAAUUAACUCACUCCUAAUGUGAUGGCCGGAACUGAUUCUCUUUAAUGUGAUGUUAGCUGGUAUUGAUGAUGUUGCUACUCGCAGUGUGUGUGUGUGUGUGUGUGUGUGAGAGGGGUGUGAGAUGGAUGUAGUGUGUGUGUGUGAGAGAGGUGUAGUCUGUGUGUGAGGGCUGCAGUGUGUGUGUGUGUGUGUGUGUGUGAGUGAGGGAUGCAGUGUGUGAGGGGUGAAGUGUGUGUGUGAGGGGUGCAGCGUGUGUGAGAGGGGUGCAGAGUGUGUGUGAGGGGUGCUGUGUGUGGGGGGUGCAGUGUGUGUGUGAGAGGUGUAGUGCGUGUGUGUGAGGGGUGUAGAGAGUGUGUGUGUGAAGGGUGCAGUGUGUGUCUGAAGGGUGCAGUGUGUGAGAGGGGUGCAGAACGUGUGUGAAUGGUGCAGAGUGUGUGUGUGUGUGUGUGGUGCAGUGUGUGUGAGGGAGUGCAGUGUGUUUGUAAGAGGGGUUCUGUGUGUGUGGGAUGCAGCGUGUUUGUGUGAGGGGUUCUGUGUGUUUGUGUAAGGGAUUCUGUGUCUGUGUGGUGCUGUGUGUGUUUGUGUGAGUGGUGCUGUGUGUUUGUGGGAGGGGUUAUGUGCUUGUGUGAGGGGUUUUGUGUGUGUGUGAGGGGUGCAGUAUGUGCAUUUGUGUGAGGGGUGCUGUGUGUGUGUGUGAGUGAGUGGGUGCAGUGUGUGUGUGUGUGUGUGUGUGAGGGGGUGUAGUGUGUUUGUGUGAGGGGUUCUGAUUCUCUUUAAUGUGAUGUUAGCUGGUAUUGAUCUACGCGCAGUGUGUGUGUGUGUGUGAGAGGGGUGUAAGUGUGUGUGUGAGAGAGGUGCAGUGUGUGUGUGAGAGCUGCAGUGUGUGUGUGAGGGGUACAGCGUGUGUGAGAGGGGUGCAGAGUUUGUGUGAGGGGUGCUGUGUGUGGGGGGGUGCAGUGUGUUUGUGCGAUGAUUAUGUGUGUGUGUGAGAGGUGUAUUGUGUGUGUGAGGGGGUGUAGUGAGUGUGUGUGAAGGGUGCAGUGUGUGUCUGAAGGGUGCAGUGUGUGAGAGGGGUGCAGAAUGUGUGUGAAUGGUGCAGAGUGUGUGUGUGUGUGCUUGGUGCAGUGUGUGUGAGGGAGUGCAGUGUGUUUGUAAGAGGGGUGCUGUGUGUGUGAGGGGUGCUGUGUGUGUGUGUAAGGGAUUCUGUGUGUGUGUGGUGCUGUGUGUGUUUGUGUGAGUGGUGCUGUGUGUUUGUGGAAGGGGUUAUGUGCUUGUGUGAGGGGUUAUGUGCGUGUGUGAGGGGUGCAGUAUGUGCGUUUGUGUGAGGGGCGCUGUGUGUUUGUGUGAGGGGUGCUGUGCGUGUGUGUGUGAGGGGUGCAGUAUGUGUGUUUGUGUGAGGGGUGCUGUGCGUGUGUGUGAGGGGGUGCAGUGUGUGUGUGUGAGGGGGUGUAGUGUGUUUGUGUGAGAGGGGUUAUGUUUGUGUGAGAGGGGUUCUGUUUGAGAGGGGGUGCAGUGUGUAUGAGGGAUUCUGUGUGUGGGGGGGUGCAGUGUGUUUUUGUGAGGUGUUCUGUUUGUGUGGGGGGUUGCAGUGUGUUUGUGUGAGGGGUUCUGUUUGUGUGGGGGGGUGCAGUGUGUUUGUGUGAGUGUGUGUGGUGCAGUAUGUGUGUGAGGUGGUACUGCACCUGACUUCACUAUUUUCUUCCCACGAGCACAGUGCUGUUGGAGGGCUGCCAUAGUAACGAGCAGCAACGCUCCGACCUCCAUGCUCGCGGGAGGAUCACAGCUUCCCAGCUCCUCCCUCCCUCCCACUCCUUUAACAAACUGCCCAGAGACCGGUGAGGGAGAUCUUUGAUCUCCACACUGGCCCGAAAAAGGCAGAUAGCAAGGUCUGCUCUCUCUACGGGCCAGUCCAAAUGAUUAGACAAUGUUGUCGUGCUUGAUGAGGUGAUUACAAUUUGUUCCUUUAAUGAUAAAUUGAGAAAAUAAUAUUUUUGACUUUCGAAAAUCUGUCAGCGUUGGCAUUGCUAUGAGAACUUGAACACCAAAAUUUAAUUUGGUAUUAUAUUGACCAGUCUAUAUUACAUAUAAUAUACAGAAUGGACUGUUAAAUACUACAUGAAAAAUAAUACAAUAAUACUAACAAGGUGAUUUAUGAUAUUAAUCUGCCCCUACUUUUGCUAUUAAUUAGUAGAUAACCCAGAGAAUUCAAUGUGAAUUUUUAAAUUGUAGGCCUAAAUAUUAAAAAUGGGAAAAAGAUCCCCAAGUCAUGUGUGUUUUCAAUUCCUCUAAUUUGGCCUAAAAUGUGGAAUUAAUUAUUUUUUAAUUAACACUUUACUGAAUAGCCCUGCCAGGAUUUUUGUGUAUUUUUUAUAUUCUUUACAAGCCGAGUCGGGUAGCUCUAAAAAUAGCCGUUAUAUGAUGCCCUGGUGAUUGUCAGACUGUAAAACACGGUGCUUUCAAAGACUUGAUUCGCUAUUCUCCCUAGGCAUUAACCAAUUGAAAAUAUCCAUUAUAUUGAGUCCUUUCCUAAUCUCACAUAAGAAAAUCUAAUUUAUCCCAACACUUUCUGACAUGGCGUCAGAGAUUGAAGCUGAACAAAUCAAUGCCAUGAAAAGCCGUCUCCUUUAUACUGUGGCCUUAGAAGAGAAAAUUCCGCUAAUACCAUAAGUCACCUUUCCCCCUGCUAUUCACUAUCUCUGUUUAAUGUCUCAGUCCGGAUGCUGGUAAUAGGAACACGUGAAAUUUGGAGUGAGUUUUACUUGUUAUUAAGUAACGAGCUGAAACAGUGAGUGAAAUACAGAGGGAUUUAGGAUUCUGGAUGUAAAUAAAAUCUCAGGUAUUUGUAAGAUAUUAUACACAUGUUUUUAUUACAUAUUUAUAAAUAUACAUAUUUAUGUAAUAAUAAACAUUCAAUAGCACAAUCUACAGUAUGAAUAUCUAUACUUAAUUCAUACAUUACUAUAAGUUUUCUUGCUGUGGAGCUCUGUGAUACACUUAUACUACACACAAUUAUUAUUUUGUGAUAUACUCAUAUACACUGCAUAUUACUGUGAGUUGUAUUGCCAUGGAGCUCUGUGAUGUACUCAUUUACACUGCAUAUUACUGUGAGUUUUAUUGCCAUGGAGCUCUGUGAUGUACUCAUUUACACUGCAUAUUACUGUGAGUUGUACUGCCAUGGAGCUCUGUGAUGUACUCAUAUACACUGCAUAUUACUGUGAGUUUUAUUGCCAUGGAGCUCUGUGAUAAUCCAUACACAAUAAAGAUCCUGAUUGCCUCACAUAGCCGGACACAUAGAGAGAAGAUUGAGGGGAUUUCAGUCUGGGAAGGGUAGCUAAGCCCAAUUUAAGUUCUAUCUUCAUAAUCACCAUCAUGGUUGACAGUUCUCAGUUUGCUGUUUUUUUGGUUUCAUGAGUUUUCCAGAAAAGGCCAUGUAGUCUAUGUGUGUGUAAUCAAACCAGAUACCUGACAUUAAAAACUCAGAUGAUCUAGCAAGAUAACAGUGGCUACUGAUUGGUGUAAGAUAGAGCACCAGGUUAUCCGAAGUCUUAUCCUGACUCUCAGUCUCAGUCUGCAUAUUGAAAUGGAGCAUGAUCGAUCAUUGGCAGAGACUGGCAUUGCCAAGCACCAACCAUGGCUCCCAAAUCAGAUCAUCAGGCAUGAAGUGACCCUCCAUCCAUUGUAUCUCCGUAGCAGGAGACCUCCUCGGAAUACGAGUGUGUCAGGUGCCCGAUCCCUACUUUGUUACUCAGAAAUGUAGUAACAUUUAAUAACUGGGUUCCAUGUAUGUAUGCAGAUAAGCAGUCACUUUGAAUUCCUGACAAUUCUCACUAUAGUAAAUAACCCUUUUAGAUUUGCCAUACUUUUGGACAAAACAAAUACACAGUAUCACGUCGUCACUUGCUGUAUGUUUUUAUAGUUACAUUUAUCGGGAGAUUGAUUGAUAAUUGUGUUUCAGAAAGCAGCUGGAAGCAGGAAUAUAGAAGAGUGCAUGACUUAGUGAAUAUUUACUGGUACAUAAUCUAAAAGAAAUAUGUUUGCCACAGUGAAUUCAAUGAUUUCUUUUUUAUUAUUUCCUUCAUGUGGCACAGUUGGAAUUGUUUUUGCUUUUUGAUCAAGAGCUGUAACACGGAGGUUUAAAAGGCUGAACUCAGGAAGCUCUUUCAAGCUAUACUGCUGUGUAACUGUAUAAACCUGCAACCUGGCAGUAUUACAGCUCACGUGUUGUCUAUCUUUUAGUUUACAAGAACUGGAAGAAACUACGUCUACCUUUGGUAUAACAUCUCUUUCUUUAGGGGGAGGCGAAAAUGGUCAAAGAUGGGAAUGUGUUUCGCAUAGUUCAAUCCAAUUGCUGGGAUCCUGAAGUGAGGUUAAAAGAAAUGGAUCAAUCAGGUAAAUGUAUAUAGCAAAGACAUUCUGAUAUAAUAUAUAUUGUACUUUAUAACUCCAAAUGGGCAAAUACACAUCCAACCAGUAGUGGCAGUAAUUAAAGUGAGAUUUAUGCAACUGUUACUAACAGAAAAGUAGAUCAAAGUUUUCAAUGUAGAGCAGUCACAAAGGAAACCAAUUCAAUCAGAAAUAACAUUCCAUUUGUUUCCAAGGUGAUUGCGCCCCAUUUAGAACUUUUCUCUUACCGACACAACUUUACCAUGGUUUGCAAGUACAAGAAAGUUAUAGAAAUGAAUAAAUAAAACAAAGUAGGUGCACUUGCUGACAAAGGCAUGCAUUCAUUCAUCCUGGCAGAGGGAUUAUGUCUUUGCUGCCAACUCGCUGCCUGCGUAUCGUUGUGCAAUUUGCAAGGUAGAGCUUGGUAUUUAACAGAAGUUACAGUAUCUCACAAAAGUGAGUACACCCCUCACAUUUUUGUAAAUAAUUUAUUAUAUCUUUUCAUGUGACAACACUGAAGAAAUUACACUCUGCUACAAUGUAAAGUAGUAAGUGUACAGUCAGUAUAACAGUGUAAAUAUGCUGUCCUCUCAAAAUAACUCGACACAAAGCUACUAAUGGCUAACCCGUUGGCAACAAAAGUGAGUACACUCCUAAGUGGAAAUGUCCAAAUUGGGCCUAAAGUGUCAAUAGUUUGUGUGGCCACCAUUAAAUUUUCAGCACUGCCUUAACCCUCAUGGGCAUGGAGUUCACCAGAGCUUCACAGGUUGCCACUGGAGUCCUCUUCCACUCCUCCAUUAUGGCAUCACGGAGCUGGUGGAUGUUAGAGACCUUGCGCUCCCCUGUCUUCUGUUUGAGGAUCCCCACAGAUGCUCAAUAGGGUUUAGAUCUGGAGACAUGCUUGGCCAGUCCAUCCCCUUUACCUGCAGUUUCUUUAGCAAGGCAGUGGUCAUCUUGGAGGUGUGUUUGGGGUCGUUAUCAUGUUGGAAUACUGCCGUGCGGCCCAGUCUCUGAAAGGAGUGGAUCAUGCUGUGCUUCAGUGUGUCACAGUACAUGUUGGCUCUCAUGGUUCCCUCAUUGAACUGUAGCUCCCCAGCGCUGGCAGCACUCAUGCAGGCCCCGACCAUGACACUCCCACCACCAUGCUUGACUGUAGGCAAGACACACUUGUCUUUGUACUCCUCACCUGGUUGCCGCCACACAAGCUUGGCGCCAUCUGAACCAAAUAAGUUUAUCUUGGUCUCAUUGGACCACAGGACAAGGUUCCAGUGAUCCAUGUCCUUAGUCUGCUUGUCUUCAGCAAACUGCUUGCGGCUUUCUUGUGCAUCAUCUUUAGAAGAGGCUUCUUUCUGGGACGACAGCCAUGCAGACCUAUUUGAUGCAGUGUGCGGCGUAUGGUCUGAGCACUGAUAGGCUAUCUUCUUAUAGCCUAGGCAAUCUUUAUGUAGAGCAACAAUUCUUCUUUUCAGAUCCUCAGAGAGUUCUUUGCCAUGAGGUGCCAUGUUGAACUUCCAGUGAGCAGUAUGAGAGAGUGUGAGAGCGAUAACACCAAAUUUAACACACCUACUCCCCAUUCACACCUGAGACCUUGUAACACUAACGAGUCACAUGACACCGGAAAGGGAAAUUGGCUAAUUGGGCCCAAUUUGGACAUUUCCACUUUCGGGUGUACUCACUUUUGUUGCCAAUGGUUUAGCCAUUGAUGGCUGUGUGUUGAAUUAUUUUGAGGGGACAGCAAACUUACACUGUUAUACAGGCUGUACACUUAUUACUUUACAUUGUAGCAGAGUGUCAUUUCUUCAGUGUUGUCACAUGAAAAGAUAUAAUAAAAUAUUUACAAAAAUGUGAGGGGUGUACUCACUUUUGUGAGAUACUGUAUGUCACCUUAUAUACCCAAAGCCCACGCUAAACCAAAUUGGCCAAAGUGACCAUUCAUAUCAUGGUGAUAUAGGUCAUCUCCUCUGUGUUUUUUUUUAUUUUUUAUAUUCUAUGCCUAGGGGCACCUGGGGUGUAAAAUUAAUAAUUAAUUAUAUAAUGGAAUUAUUGAAUAAACUGGCUACUGCAAUUAUUAGCUACUAAUAUGGAGAUUUGUUGCACUAUGUCUGCUGGUAAAUUUCUUUACUGUCAUGUGUCAAAUCACAGCCAUUUAAGUUUUUUUGAAUGGAAAACUGAUAUUUCUACAUACAGGUGUGACAGUGCAAGCCCUGUCUACCGUCCCUGUAAUGUUCAGCUAUUGGGUAAGUACUAAAACACAAAAAUAACUGUAAAAUAAUAAAAAGUGCUUCACUGAUUUCUAGAUAUCAUAACGUUCUGAAUCCUGUUUUAUUUGCAAGAAAAUAUAAUAGAAGAAAUGCAGUGGUCCUGUGCAUUCAUCAUUUUCCUGGCCCUCUCAACCACAUCAGACUGAAACAGUAUAGCUUCACGGAGAGUGUAAAUCGCAUAUUGCUUACUAUUAUCAGGUUCAAUAAAAAAAAAUCUAAUUUUUCCACAAUUAUGAAUUGCCAUUAAAAUCCAAAACUUCAAAACAAAUUCAGCAAACAAAAAUAAAUUAUGACUCACAAAAGCAAAUAAUCUGGCAUCAAAAUCUACAAACGUCCUAUAUUCAAUAUUUAACAAUACUCUAACAAGACUCUGAGUCCAGUCCUUAGAGGUCUCCAGACCUCGGGAACACAUAUACACUAUUAGACCCUUUGCUUCUCCUGUGAGUUUGCAAAAGACUUACCUUAAACCAGGAAUAUUUUUCUUUUUACAACAAUUAUUGUCUUUCAUAGAGGGUUUUCCUUUUCUAUUUGGGAAUUUCCACCAUGCUGUUAAAUGUAAGUUGGGGUACGACCCCAUGACACACUGUAAUGUCUAUGCAGGAGAAGACUGCCAAAUUUUGGACUUGUGGGGCAAGUACAAAUAAAUAAACCUUUUUUAGACCAAACUAACAUACCAUCCAACACCCAAAUACAAAAGAGUUGCCCACUAAGCCAUAGAACUCUGUGCUGACACCCCUGCAUAUAAAACAUAUUUACCGGCUUAUUUACUUCACAAUAAUAUCUCUUUAAACAGGCAAAGCCUCAGGACACGCAGGACCUAUCCCGUUUCUUAAAUGAUCAUUUGGCAGCAGUUGUUCGGAAGCAUCCUAAAAGAUUUGUAGGCCUUGGAACAUUACCGAUGCAAAGUCCAGAGUUGGCCAUAGAGGAGAUGCAUCGAUGUGUGAAAGAGCUUCAAUUUCCAGGUGUACAAAUAGGAUCCCACGUUAACCAGUGGGACUUAAAUGCACCUGAACUUCAUCCCAUAUAUGCAGUAAGUAUCAAUCAAUCAUUCAGUCAAUCACUAUGUUGAAAGGGAACUAUCAACAAAGUAACUAACUCCAGUCAGGAGAUUCUCAUUCUGUAAUAAAGCAUCUGAUUUUAUACCAUAAAUCCCUGACCUGCAGAUUACUAUAUUACAUUAUGGAUAAGGAGACAUUUCCACUUAUCAACUAGGAUGAGUAAAACUGCAUUAAAAACGAAUAGCAUCCUUACUGCCAUACGUUUCAGAUCAUGCACCUUGACUCUCAGCUGACCUAUAGAGAAAAAUCCUUCUUAUUAGUACAUGCGUCACAAUUCACACAUAAAAGGAGGAAGUUCUGCAAUUAAAAGAUACUAUGAACAUAGAGAUUGGGCCCUCGGCAGAGGUGUUGCUAAGUAUACGCUUUGGAGGCUGAAACCUCAAAGAUGUUUCUUUUACCCCAGAACCCUUAUGCAUGGUGGAGGGGCAGCAGGUAACACUACCUGAACAAUGAGUAUUGAUAUAUGUGUCCGAUAUAUUUUUUUAAUACAUUAUAUAUUUUUGAUAGUUCAAUAUUUUGAGAAAUUGUUUUUGAAAGUUUAUUGAAAAAUAUGAAAUAAUGUAAAAAUCUUAUCCAACAAUAUUAAAUCAAGGUCUAAAUUGGUGACUAAAAGGCUGAAAUGCUACAAAAGAAGGAGCCUUAGGGUGGAAAUCUUGGUUUUGUCUUCAUCUCAAUGUAUUUUUGGAACUUUGUAACAUCCCUGGUUCAGAAUGCUCAACAUACCGUAACCUUUGCAAUAACAAAGAGUUGCUUUUGAUACUUAGCGUGACCCUUCAAUUUCCCCAUUUACAGCAUGUUCUCUACAGAGCACAAAAAUGCGAGGUUGUAACUGGAGUCACAGUUAUCAGCUGACAAGCAUCCUCUGUGAUCAUUUAUUGACCAUCUGUCUUCAUGUAGGCAAGAGCAGCCAUAUUGAAUAAGUGUCAUAUCACUUCAUUUGAAUAUUCCUUUAAGUAUCCAGAAUACUGGCAGUUUCUAACAAUGAAUUAUUCAUUACCUGCCAGCCUUUGAUAUCAAAGUGCUCAGCUAGAAUUUAAGAUGUUUACAGUAGAACUUUGAACUUGUCCUUACUUGAAGGAGCAUAAGAGUAACGUAACUAUUACAACUCGUUGUGGUGGCAUAUCAUCCCCUGUUUGAGACCAGUGUAUAAAAAAAACAGGUGGGCGGAGCAUGACCAUGGAACGGAGCAGACGCCAUACUGCUGUGAUCCUGCAACACUGCACAGAAUCCCACAAAUAUGAACUGAAUCCUGCAUCAGUGCCAGAUGAAAGGGGGCCAGACUGCUACUGAACACCUCAACCUCCUGAUCGAUGCCCUUUUUAUUCGACCCAGGCACGAAACGGCGGCACCACAAGGUAGGGGCCUACCUCACGCCAUACUUCUUUGGGUCAGGAUCCCGUAUAGCUCCCACGGAGAUCAGGGGAAACCCCACUCAGCCUGAAACCUCGCAAAGGUGCCCACAAGACCCCACACAAAUGGGACGCAGGUCACAGAAACCCACAGUGCCAGCACCCACCAACAAUAGGUGGCAUAUCUGGCAACCAAAGAGGACAGUUAAGCCCUAUAUCAAAACAUACAAAAACUAUUUCCUGCAGACAUAGCAGUGGUCAAAACAGAAAUUCAAGCAGUCACAGACAGAGUCAAAGCCGCUGAAGAAGACGUCAUGGAUCUGCAGACAGGCCUAGCCUCUGUACAGAAAUCCAUUCAAAGCCUUCACCAAUCCCAUACCUCUAUAACUGUCCAAAUGGCACUCUUAGAAGACAAAAGCAGGCGCAGCAACAUUAAGAUUCGGGGAGUCCCUGACACGAUCCCCACGGAGGAAUUACCACAUUACCUCAGGCGCCUAGUGUCCACUCUCCUGUUUAGUUGUUACUCAAUUAUAUUUUAUGUCUAAGAUCUAUACUCAAGCAAUAUCAAUGCCUAGGAAAUGCAAUGGCUUUAGCAUAGCUUCUUUCACUAUCCCCCCAACGCAUGGUAUAUAUUUCUCAUCGUUAUUGUUCCUGUUAUUUAUUUUUUAUUUUUUUUAUGAGUGCUGUAUCUCUGGCAUUUUCCAGCAAUCAUGCUUUUAACCUCAUGGUCUUUUUUUCCAUGUAAAAAUGUCAAUGUAAGCCUGUUAACUAAGCACUGCAAAAAUGAAGAAUUAUAAAACAAAAAAACAAAAAACCUCUUGCUGGCACCCAGAGACCAUUCCCCUUUAGCCAAAUUAAAUAACGCAAAAUGUACUCUUCCACAUUAUCUAUAUCAGUCUUUUUCUCAAUAAAUGGCAGUGAUUGGCUCCAGGCUAGCCCACCUCCAGUUCUCUCAGCUUAUCAUUGCCAUCCAGGGUACACAAAAUUGAUAUUGAUUUAAAUUUCUGCAUUCAAAUUAAAUGAUGAGGGGGCAGUCUCUGAGAGCUCUGGAGUGCCCAAAAACUGGUCAAACUGUGCUUAUACAGUUUAACCAUAUAACUAGGGACAACGCGUAUAGACUUAUUACACCAUAUCAGAGCAAUGAGCUAGGUGGGUACAUCGCUAAGACUGACCCUUUAAGUGUAUUUUUAUUUAUUAGUCUGACCGGAUUUCUUUUGCAGGUUAUCAGAAGGCGUUUUUUAUUGUAUAACCAAGAAUUAUUGUAAACUAAACCAUGUAUAACUUUUGAGGAAUUGUCAUUAACGCGAUGUAACUAAAAACAUAAAUUUCUGGAAUUUGUUAUACAUCGCCCAAAAGAAAACACAAGCAGGUAACAGGACUGAUUUUAAAGAACACAUAACAAGACAGUGUGAACAAGCAAUUUACGAAAUUGAGGGUGUCCUUUUUCCAACCAUAACACUUUUCCUGUGUUGCCUGGAGAAGUAAUUGUUCCGAUCACAGGAAGUAAAUGAGAUUUUGAUUAGUGUAUGGAUUUUCCAACUGUCUAUCAGCAUAAGCGAAAUUAAAUCUUUAACACAAUUAUCAACAGAAACCAAAAAUAGACAACAUAGAUAUUUUUCUUUUUUGGAAGUUUAUGUCAGAGUUACUAUUCAACCUGUUUAAAAAAACAGAAUAACCAUUCUACUAGUUUGUCUUGUCUACCAAAGUGUGAUAGAGGGUAUUUUAACAUUAAAACGUCAGUUCGGAGUGGAGCCAAGCCACGGACCUGAAUGGCCACACGCUACCAAAGCUCUGGACCAAGCCACUGCAGUAAACCCUCUAACACUGCACAAAACCCUUACAAAGGGUACCAACAAGCACCACUAACUAGGUGUGAGGAGAUGGGCCCGACAAGCCCCGGCUGAGCGGAACUAUGGGUGACUUAUGGCAGCAGGCCUGCAACAGCACAGGCCCAAACAUGGCCGACUACGCCGAUGAUUACUCCGAAAUGUCAGACGAUUUCACAAGCGGGGCUGAACUACACUGCCCACCCAUCUUGACAGCUCCCGGCCAAGCAAACCUACAAGCGGACAACUCACCCGUGACCACCAUGGUAAUGAAAAAAUUGCUGGCGGGGCUGCAACUCACCAUACAGGCAGACAUGGCCCAGAUAUGCGGAGACCUGCAAGGCCUGACAGGCCGCCUGACCACGUUGGAAGCAGACUCCCGCCACAACACGCAGGAAACAGUGUGGCUAUACAAAGCUGUGCACAACCUGCAACAACUGUCCCACACAACAGAUCAAUGAUUUGCAGACCUCGAAGAUCAGAGAAGCCUGAACAUUAAAAUCAGGGACCUCGGAGAGGAGAUCCCGGAAGCGGAGGUACUGCACUUCAUACGGCGCCUGCUGGCCGCUCUGUUACCCACCAAACAGGCCAAACAGGUGACUUUGGGGGGGAUGUUCCGCCUCCCACGUCCAACUAAAGCACCAGCUACAGCACCGAGAGACCUCCUAGUUUGCUUCCUGAGCCACAGGGACAGAGCAGCGGUCCUCCAAGCGACCAGGACACAGACACCAUACGUGAUCGAAGGCAGACAGCUCUCAUGUUACGCGGACCUCUCAGGGGCGACACUGGCCUCGCGCCACACUUUGAAACCCUUCACGACCCUCAUAAAAUCACCUACCAGUGGAGGCGACCCUGGGCGCUCCUGAUUCAACACGGCAACACUUCAUACAUGGUCCACGACCUACAAGGUGCCAGGGAUCUCCUGCCAACCCUGGGACUGCCACAGAACACCCUAACCACUGCAGGACCGGCCCAACCGUCGACAAGGUGUCAGGAUCUGCUCUCCUCUGUUCUGUUGUCUGACUUGGUUUCUGGUAUCCAGUGCUCUUUUUACAAUUCUUGUUUAGUUUUUCUUGGUUUUCUAUUCUAUGUCUGGUUUUCUUUAUGCUGGGUUUCUGGGUUCAUUCUUAUAUUCCGUCCCUGGAUUUCCCAGUCUCUUGGAUUCAUUUAAAUGUUUGUUUUAUGUUGCUACCCCCGUUUGUUUUCCAUUUUCCUUUUGUUUCAGUCUGGACCUGCAGCAGUGUUUCAAGUCUCUGCCCUUUCUUGCAGGUAAGUGCUAUUGUGGUUUAGUAUGGUUCUCUUAGCGAACAUUAGGCAGUGUAGGACCUGCUGAAUAUGGGGUACAUUGGCGUUGUGUCAGGCUUAUGCAAUGUAUGAGCAUAUAAUGUGACUAAAUCCCCAUACUUUUCAUAUAUAGUGCUUAGUUAUGUCUCCUCUUGUUUUGCCUAUUAUAUCUUGUCUUGUUUCAUUUUGUAAUCCCAGUCCUUGUACUGUCCUGCCCCUGUUUAGUUAAUGUUCCCUCAUGUCUUGUGUUCAUGUUCUGGGUUUAGCUUUCUGUCCUGCUCUGGUUCUGUCUUGUUUUCAUGUUUGGUCCCUGUUCUAGUCUUGCCUUGUUUCAGUACUGGAUCCAUCUCAGCAUAUGUCUGCUCUGGCUUCCACUAAGCUGCAUCAGGGACUUGGUAUGUGGCCGCACAAACGUUGGUGAUUAACACCAGGAGGCGUGCGGUUACCCUGCACCGGGCCCUGUACUCCACUUCCACACUGUGACUCCUACUCUGAACAUCAGGCAUACAUGGGUCCAGGUCCACGCACCGCCGCCCGGACAGUGUCUGGGUCCUGGGCAUCAGACCACUCCACAAGGUCAGCAAUGAAAGACCCUCCGACAGCAACACCAUUCAUCCCCCGACAGGCAGGAGCAAGCGCAUCAACAUCACCAACGAUGAACGGCCCCUGAGAUGCCCCGGGACUCAAAACCACCUAGUACUCACCUCUUAAAAGCCCCAGGGCUACACGGACAUACCAUUUUCAGUGACUGGGACUCUUCCUUUCCUUACCCACUGUGCCUAACUGCAAGUUCACCUCCCCCCCUCCUCUCCCCGGGGUAAUGGGGUACACUUUUCUAGCAUGAGCACGUAGCUCACAAACCCACGUACCAGAAAUAGCUCCCUAACUGCCCUAGCAUGAUAACGAGACCAUACCUAAAUCAUUAUGUCAGCUAGCCAACAGCCCCUAGCAAUGCCGGUCACACCGGCUAUAUGACCAUGCCACUAGACCCCCAGGUUCACACGGUAACACCGACUCCCACUACCCAAAAUAAAAUACCCUCAGCUCAUGGCCCUUGGCUAUUAAACUCCACAUGUAUGUCACACAACAUUGUUCAAGUCUAACUAUAUGUAUAUGCUGUAUUCUUUCUCACUGUUAUCUUUCUUAUGUAACACUCAACUUUAACGCUGAAACCAUGACCUGAGACAAAAAUAAAGAAUUUUUAAAAAAGUCUGUUCGUACCGUUAUUCAAUUAGUGAUAUAUUUAAUAGAAUGGUGGUAGCCAUCUUCCCGUGCAUUAUGGGUAAGUAUGGAUGCACCCAAAGCCCAUAUCAAGAAGUGAAGCUUAGGUAACACUGACAUUUCAUUUUACAUGUUCUGUCUCACUGUUCUAAAACACAUACCAUACUCAGUAGUUAUUUUGUAACCAUAAAGACCCUACAUGAUUAUACUAAUGGUGAAAAACAUCAGGAAAUACCAGAAACCUAGAAAUGGCUUUAACAUGACUUUCAGAAUUUAUUUGCAUUUGUGUCUGUUUUAGGCUGCUGAAAAAUUAAACUGUUCCAUAUUUGUGCAUCCCUGGGACAUGCCGGUGGAUGGGAGAAUGUCAAAAUACUGGCUGCCAUGGCUGGUAGGUUAGUAUUUUACGGUUUGGCCACCUGUCAGAGGAAUUUACUCUUGAAGGGUUUAUUUACUAAGUACUUAACUGCGGUAAACUGAAAGCUGAAUUUCAACAUUUAAAGGGACACUAUAGGCACCCAGACCACUUCAUGUCAUUGAAGUGGUCUGGGUGCAGUGUUCCUGUCUCCUUAACCCUGCAAUGUAAAGCAUUGCUGUUUCAGAGAAACUGCAAUGUUUCCAUUGUAGGGUUAAGACUGCCUCUUGUGGAGUUUGCAAGCUUUGCAUGAGGAUGUCUAGUGUCUUCACAAACUCCACAGGAAAACUUUGUUUCAAUGCUUUCUAAUGGGUAAGUUCUAAUGCGCAUGCAGCCCUCGCCACGCCUGAGCAUUAGGACAUCCAUCAGCGUGACAGCGCUGCAAGGGGAGAAGGAAUUAAGGUAAAAGUGUUGUUUGUGACCCUUUCAACACCCGAUGGGAGCGCAGAGGGACACUAUAAGGUUAGGAAUACAGUUUUGUAUUCCUAAUUCUUUAGUGUCCCUAUAAGCUAAAAUAACUAAGCUGUGACUAGAUUUGUUUUACCAGAUAACCUAUUCUCUUUCUUUUACCACUUUGUUAUCAAUGUAUUUUCAGAUACGAUAGGAGUCUAUCUAAGUACUAUAACCACUACAGCUCAGUAUAGCAGCUAUGCUGCCUAGAAUCUGUGAAAGCCAUCCCUUGGUGUUUUAGGGAACAGUUAGGGAACAGUUUCACAAAAAAACAGGUUUUCUUCCCAGUACCAGAGUCCCCCCUCUUCAGCGCUCUCAAAAUAUCUCAAUCUAAAAUAAGGGAUGAAAUUGAUACUGAUAACAUAGGGAAUUUAAAUAUGAUCAAGUUGGCUAAGAAGGGGUGGUCUUUUGUCAAACAAUUCCCUAACUAUGUGAGAUACAACAGAGGAUGGCCUCAUAGACGAUUGACAACAUAAGGACUGAGCUGCAGGGAGCCUAGACUGCCCCUUUAAUAAAAAUGAUUGUUUCAAAAUAUCUCUUGAGACUUAUCAGGUCAAUCUGUCAUAUUCGUUCUUCUUAAAGUAAUUAAUUUAAAAAAAAGUAGAUGGAGCUGGAACGUAGCUAAUUGAAUGUUCAGAGAUUAACAGAACAUUUUUACAUCAUAUAAUUGUAUUCCAGACAAUGAGACGCAAGAACGAAACUGAUUAACAAUUAUACUUUAUUUUGAGAAAUGAGAAAUGAUGGAUUAAUUGCCCUCAGUUUAUGUAAUGAGGUUUAAGCUCUUCUACAGUUAAAGAAACAUUAAUAUAGAAAGUGAAAAGAGAUCAUGUCACUUAAAAUGUCACGCACCAGAGUCUGUGAAAAAUCUUAAAAUAUUGCAAAUCCUUCAAUUAUAGUCCAUGCAAUGAUACAAAGAUUGAAUUGUAACAAACUCUAACUUGGGCCUUGAGUUAAUAUUCUUGGAUAAGCUUUUCAAAUGAUCACAAUCUGUUAGAAAUGAUUUACCUACAGAAAUUAUCAAGAGAUACCAUAGUCAUCAAACCAACUUUAGCUCAAUUAAGUAGUUUUGGUCUAGAGCUUGUGCCCCUGCAGUUUUUGGCUUAAUUCUCUUCCAAUUCUCUCAAUUAUUUUUAGCAUGAAAGAGGUGAUCGUGUUUUAACUGGAUUUACUAACCUUCCAUUCUUUUGUGUUUAUCUCAAGGCAUGCCAGCCGAGACUACCACCGCUAUCUGCUCCAUGAUUUUCGGUGGAAUAUUUGAAAAGUUUCCAAAACUUAAAGUUUGCUUUGCACACGGAGGUAUAGUUACUUAGCGAUGCAAUAAAAGGUGCAAUGAAUAAUGUUUCCUGCGAAUAAUGGAUACACCUCAUUUAAUUCAGGAGAUCCUACUUCCCGAGUUUCAAAAAAAAAAGGAAAUGCCAAGUGUGUGCCUUAGCUGUGCCAUGAAUGAACUGGAUUGUGAUGUCAAUGGCUAAAUGUUUAAUAUACAUUUAAAGGAAACAUAUUAGGGCAAAUUUUUCUAUUUUUCAAUUCAAAUGUGUUAAUUAUAGAAAAAAUAUGGUUCCAUUUAAAAGGGACAAUCUUACGUAGAUAAUUGUAAAAGCGUAUUGCAUAAUUGUUCCUUGUUGCAUUGUUACAGCUAAUUGUAGUGGUCAUGGUGCAAGAAAGUGCACUUUGAGAGAACACACGUGUCCGCUAUGGCCCACCGCUUUUCUCACAAAAGUGAUAAUGGCAAAAUGUCGUUUUCUCAAUAACCAUCCAAAAUAUUUCAACCACGUUAAAUUUCACUUCCUCGUUGUCUUUAGAAAACGUUAAAUUUUAUUAGCACGCAGUGAUUGGCGUUGAAUGCUGGACUGUCCCAGGUUUGGCUGCUCCAGGUCUCUGAAAUCCUUUCUCCCUCUCUGCAAGCAUCAAAUUGCCAUUUGAUGACUUUUUAGUUCAAAGUAAGCAAACUGUAAAAAAAUCUCCAAGUAGACAUGCUUUAGUUUCUACUGCCACAAUUAUUUCAUGAAAUAAGCCGUUCAAACAACCCCUCAAAUCCAAUUUAUUUCAGAAAAAUGAACUUUGUCAAGAAAGCACGGCUAGGAUAAGAUGUUCUAGAAAACCGACUGAUUGGAUUUUAGGUGUUAGCCUAGACACCUAUCCAUAUCCUGCCAUUCAAACUUAUCAUCUUUCUCAUCUGUCUUUUCCUGCUGCUUUAAGCAUUUUUUGAUCAGACUUGAUAAGUGAGCGAUAAUCUUGUCAUUCCGUGCCAGAUGUCUGUAAUUAUUACAUGUUAGCAACCCCUUAAUAAUCCCUUUAAAACAAAUCUCCUGCUUUAUUAGGGGGGGAACCACUAAUAACGUCAAGACAUGCCAACAAUGCAAAAGGGCAGUCACGGAUAAAUCAGUGACCGGAAUGUCUCCGAUUUAAAUAUGGCGGGGGAGAAUGUCCUUCUCUGCAGAAUUCACUGUAUUUAAUACAAUGAUAUGCAUAAUUUAAUCACUAUGUUUUUAUACUGAUUUAUAUUUAAUGUAUAAUUUCUUGUUUUUGAGUAGGUUAUUGAUUGCAGAGUUUUUAAGUUCUACUGAAUUUUAGUCUAUGUUUUUGAAUCUAUGUUUUGUCUGGGGAAAUGAACAAAUCCCACAUAGAUCUUGGCAGACACAAAGAUUGUGUAAUGAAAUUGAUUUGUCUAGUGUUCUUUAAUAUUUUUCAGGUGGGGCUUUUCCGUACACCAUUGGCCGCAUUAAUCAUGGCUUCAACGUUCGUCCCGAUCUUUGCGCAAUUGAUAACACGCUCCCUCCACAAAAAUACUUGGGUUCAUUUUAUACAGAUUCUCUUGUACAUGAUCCACAGGCCUUGAAGCUUCUAGUAAACAUAAUUGGAAAGGUGAGUCAAUCGUUUUAAACAUACUACGGAUCAAGCACCCUAAAACUAAUUAUUCCACCAAAUGUUGAUAAUACUUUAUUUCAACACUUUUAUAUUUAUAAAACAAAAUUAUAGCCUAUGAGGAUAUACCAAUUCACUUUUCCCUGACCACCUUUGCUAUAUGGAGCUCCGAUGCCUUUCCUCUUCUACAAUAUUUCUACUCCCACAUCUUUUGAAUCUACUUGUCUUGUCGCCCCUACCCAAAAUCCCAGAUUUCCGCUCUGUGUAGCUAUUUAGCUGUGCACUCUUCUCAAAACUCCCUGUAUUAUAAAAAAAAACAAAGAGAACGUUACCUGCGCUUUGGCCUAAAUCCCCAUGAACAUUUAAACAAAAUGGAGGCUCUUUAGUUUUAUUCCAAUGGCCAUUUGAAUAUAUAAGCUCACCUGCCACGUCAAGGCAAGCCACACAAACACACACACAUACAUACAAACACACACACAUACAUACAAACACACACACAUACAUACAAACACACACACAUAUAUACAUACAAACACACACACAUAUACAUACAAACACGCACACACAUACAUACAAACACACAUACAUACAUACAAACACACACAUACACACACAUAGACACAUACAUAAAAAAACACAGAGAGAGGCAUUCACACACAUACACACAUACAAACACAUAAAUACAGACACAUACAUACAAACACACACAGUCACAUACAUACAGACAGACACACAUACAGAGAAACAUUGAUACAGACACACAAAUACACACACAUACAUACUAACACACACAUAUACAGACACAUACAAACACACUGACAGGGUACCUUUUGUGUGGACACAGGAUGUGUCUCACACUGAAGACUGUUUGCAAAGUCCUGGGGACCUGUCCAACCAUUUUCCCACUGCUUCCAGUCAUUUUCGCGUCGGCCGCGAUAGCUCCGCCCCUUUUAUGCCGUGAAAAAGGGGCGUCGACAUAGUGACGCUGAUGAUGUCACAAAUCACCAAAACAUCCAAAAAAUGACAUUUUGGGGGUGUGGCUAUCGUCCCAGCCAGAUACAGCCACAGUAUAAAAAGGAUUUCGUGAGUUAGGUUCCUUGCCCUGUUGUGGUUCUUCUUAGUCCCAAUAGCACGUUGUAUUUGUUUGUAUUUUCUGUUUUUUGACUUCGGCUUGCUUGGCUAUUCUCCCUUCUGUUAUCCUUUUGACUCGGCUUGUGUAUUCUCAUCUUUCCUACCUUUCAGGUGCAGAAGGGUGACAUUUCCUGGGGUCCAGUGGCUUAGCUCUGACUCCCUCCUCUCCUUACUCCACCCGUGCGGCUCCCGGUGUAAGCUGGGAGGAGUGACCAGGGCAGUCACUUCCUUUCAGCUCUGAUGUCAUCUCAGGGGGCCCGGUCAUGCUAUUAAAGUGCCCCAAUGCUGACAGGGCCCCCUGGAAUCUCCUAAAAGCAUGGGUCACCUGAUGGACCCCUUCAAUGCAGCCCCAGUGGUCAAAGCCGGUGGGCAUCGGGGUCGCAGGGUGGCCAGGCCCCCUGGAGUGACGGGCCCGUUCGCAGCAGCGACCUCUGCGACAGCAGUAGUUCCGUCACUGAGUGCGGGUGUUGGUAGAAUAGUCACUAUUUGCCUACAUUUGCUGGGCUACAUAGUGAACUAAAUAUUGCCCUAAGGAUGGUAAACCACGAAGUACAUCAGUGUAAAGAAAAGAAAGGGAUACAAUUGCUAAGCUCCUUAUUACUGCUAAACAAAGUAUCCAGUGAUUAUUAUGUAGCGAUGGGUAUAGGAGCAGGGAAAAGUGAAUAUGAAGGGUAUGCACAGGGAAAGCUAAUAGUCGAUACUGAAUCUAUGCCUUCAAGGGCAUCCUUUAACCCCAAAAAAACGUGAGUUCCUAAAUGAAGGUAGAUGGAAGCCAACUCACAUCCUAAGGUGCAAUCGCUUGAGAACGCUGGAUCUAAAGAUAGUGCUAGUUUUAACCAAAAUGAUCGUAACCGUUAUACUUCAUCCGAAAUGGUAGGAAGGAUACUGACAUGCUUGUAAUAAAGCCAUUACUGUCUUAAUAAGAGCACACUUCUGAUACAGUGGCUAUCAUAUGCGUCUGUCAGAUUCCCCGACACGCGUUUUGCCACUCUGGCUCAGAGCCAUAACUUUGCAUUCAUUUUCCCGGGCUGAAAAUAAACUAGCUGCAUGAGUUGUGUUAUCAAGUCGCAGGGCUACUAGUUAUGGUUCACUAGUAGCGUUCCCAUAUCCAUAACUUCCUUAGUUUUACAAAUACUCACUGCACAAUUACAUGACUCCACAAUACAAUUUCUCAAAAUUUGGGACCAUUAGUUGAGUUGAGAUUUAUCUUUGUUUCUGCCAUCCAUCUCUUCUAGGGUUUUUUGGGAUGUAAAUCUCUAUAGUUACUAGAGUUACAAUAGUUAUGACCUCCCCCCACCCCUAUUCUUUCUGGUAGCCUUCCAUCAUGGACUCCGACACACCUCUUCUCUUUAGCUUGUCUCUCUUCUUAGUUCUUUCUCCACCCCUUUGUCAACCUUUUCUUAUUCCUUUCUUUAUUUCUUGUAUAUUGUUCUUAUCCCUACCCUACUACCCCUUGCUAUGUUAUAUUUCCCUUUCCCUCACCCACCUCGUCCUCACGGCUCUAACCAGGUUUAACACUUCCUCACUUAUUUAUUUACACAACUUGCAACCAAUUAUUCAAUCCCUUUCUGGGCCUGAGAUCACACUUUCUCCUUCCCCUUUUUCUUUGUCCUCCACAUCUUGGUAAUUAUAAUGAUCUCGAUAUGCUCGAGUGUCAUUAUAUCUCAUCUGGAUCCCGUGCCAUGAUUAUAGCGUGGCUUCUAAUCAGUCCAUAUGCUAUCUUGUUAGCUUUUGUUUACUUUUACUGGGUGGAAUCCUUGUUUCUUCCUAUACCUUACAUUAUUUAUCCUCUGAUGUGUUGUAUAUGGAUGCUAUUGCAAACUUCAAAACAAAGCAUUUAAAUAAUAAUAAUUUUAGCAAAUUCAAUUGUGAAUGGCAAAAUGUAGACAAAAAUUGCUUAUCUAGAAAAAUCCUCCAGUUCCUCUCUAGCACAUUUUGGCUGCUGUAGCGCAAAAUUCGCCUUCUGAUUUUAAUUUGCUACAAGUCGGAAUUAAGUGAAUAACACUUUAAGGCUGAUUGUGAUAAAAAAAACAGUAGUUCUAAUCUGUUCUGAAUUCAUUCAUGAAAAUAUGAUUGAAUUUUCUUAACUAUGAUCUAAGUCAUAAAAUCCCCCUAUAUAUAAACAAUCGAGCCAAUCUAAAAUAUAUAAACUUAUCCGUGGGAUUAUAAGAAAGCCAAUGCCACUUUUCACGUGGCGUUAUCUUAAUUUGCACAAUGUAAUUUUAUAUACAGACUGCCUCACAGCGAAAUCAUUACCCUAGAACAAUCGUAACCACCCACUGGGGAGUAAAAAUCACAGCGUGGACAGCAGGCGUAAUCUAUAAAUAAUCACAUAGCAAACAAGGGAGCAUUCUGCUUCUGGAUGUAACGUAAAUACACACUGCGCAGGAUGAUAGAUGUCUUACAUGGGAUGGUUACAUGCAAUUGGAAGGAGACAGAGAUACAUCCUUGUUGCAAGAACAGACAAGAGAUACAAGUGCAGACAACAGUUUCAAGAUCAUGCAAACCCAUACGUCAUGUUAAAUUGGAUUCUAUGCUUUAGGGAAUAUGGGUCCAAUGUCUGGCACUGCAUAAUAUCAGGUAUCUACUGACCCCUAGUGGAAUUUCUAACUAUUACAACUGGUUAUUGUCCUAAGCAGAGUUCAUGUUAUCCCUCGAAGGGGAACCAAUGUUUUUCUGGAAAUCGCCCCACCAAAAAACACAUUAAAAAUCACUUAUAAUGCGUACUAACAUUUUUUUCAUGUGAUACUUCAUUUUGUUUUGAAUGUACAGUAAAGAUUUUACAAAUUACAUCAAAAUCCAGUUCAUUCCGGGGCGAUCAUUGCGUUAAAGCGAAAAUAAAAACAUGUUUCUAUUUCUCCUUCACUCUCUGUGCUUGCGCUAGUGACUGAGGGCAGUUAAAGGGGCAGAGCGUAUAACAAUGAUUGAUGUGGAACUAGGAUGGGGGCUCCUAAAACUAAAUGCAAAAUUGCCGUUUUCUACAAUGAAUUUUAUUUUAGACAUUACAAACACUAAUUAGGUCAAUUCAAGGGAAAAGGGAAAAAUAAGCAUAAUAUUAAAAAUCUUAGUAUUUCUUCUAUAUUUUUUCUUGUAACACUAACGUGUUUAUUUUGUAACAGGGCUCAUGAGAAUUCAAUGUGAAUUCAAAGUUAAUUUAAAAUUUAAAGUGAAAAGAGCAGAAUUAGAAAAAUGUUAUAAGUCAACCAUGCUUUCAUUUCAGCUACUCAAAUUUAGAAUUCCCUUUCGUAAAUAACCCUGUCAAAGUUUGAAUUAUGGGGACAUCAAAGUGGUGAAUUCAAAGUGAAUUUCAAAAUUAACAUCAAAUUAACUAAACUGGAGAAUGCUUACAGUUUGGCUACUUUACCCUCAAAUUUGAAAUUCAAGUUAGUGUUUGCACAAUAUACAAAUAUAUCAAGGAGUGGGAUUGUCAGAAGUAAACGUGUGUACAUAGAAAUCGGCACUUUUUUUAUAAUGAGACAAGCAUGGUGCAUAUUCAAGAAGACUUAGCAAUGAAGUUUGAGUAAAUGGUGAGAUAGGUGAGUGAUAAGUGGUAAACCACCAGGUUGUGGCAGUUUUGCUUUGGCAUAGUACGUGUCACUAGAAUGUCAAAGUUAGAUGCAGCAUAGACUCAUACAGCAAAGAGAGAACUAGAACUAAGAUGUCUAUCGUUACUCUUGGUGUACUAUAUCUAUGAGGAUAGACUUAAGAUGGGUCCUUGAUGAUGUUUCAGUUGCAGGCCUGAUGUGUACAAUAGAGGUGUGAGAGUAAGAUGGGUCAUAAAUAGAAAAUUGGAGCUUGUCGGUGGAACAUGGGUGUGUUCUUGGCUAGCAUGUUCAGGUUUGUAGCUUUCACCUUCUUAGCCUAAUUAACCGCUAGGCAAAAAAGGGGGGGACAAUGGAGAAAUUAGCUAUUCGGUCUAAAAAGGGUUGAGGUAAUUAUCCUGCUCUAUGUGUGAGUAAGGAUGUGGGCUUUUGUGCACUGUGGGGAAGAGGUUGCCUAAGUGCAUGAGUCCCGAACUGGGACUGUAAGAGGUAGUCCUAUUUUGAGGUCAGGUUUUGGCUUUGACCCGUCCCCCCGAUGUGGCCAGCCUGGGCGCAAAUUCUGCAGCAAUCCCUGAGUUCCAUCUGUGGGUCGGUUGAGGCGCUGCACUCGGGGCGCCAAUGCUGAAGGAGUGUUGGGGGAUUCCCAAGCGCUGCAGCAUCAUUGCAGCUUCCUGGAGGUCCUGAAUGAUGUGGGUUGAAUCCCCGUGGAGGACUGACAAUGAUCGAGAUGGGCACCAUUGGUAGCAUAUUUUGUGCUGUUGUAGAAGGGAGGUGAGUGGUCAUAGUUCCAUGCCUGAGUGCUGUCGCAUAGGUCCGCAUAGAAUGUCAGUGACAUGUCUUGAAGAUGUAAGGUGAGUUGCCCCUUAGAGCAUUCAGGACAUCUGCCUUGUCUUUUCCAUUUGGGAAUUGGAUUAUCAGGUCCCUUGAUGUUGUAGGUGGUGCUUUUGCUGGUUUGGGUACCCGGAAUAUGCCUUCUGUGACUAUUGUUUAGGACUGUUUGGGUGUUAGUAAGGCUGUCAGCAACCAUCUCACCACAUGUGGGAGCUCUGCUUCGGGUACUCUUUCAGGGAUCUGCCGAAAUUUCAGAUUAUUCCGGUGCCGGGAGUCGUCUUGUGCAGCAAAGCGGCAUUCAUAGGAGUGAUUUUGCUUUUGCAAGUCGCUGACCUCUUGUUGAAGAGUUAUGAUCUGCUGUGUGCAGGAGUGUGAGUUAGUUUCCAGUGCUCCAAUUCGGCCUGUCAGGCCCUGCAGGUCCUGGUGUAUCAUGGCCAUGUCUGCCUGAAGGUUUUUUUUGCAGGUCAACCAGUGGCUCUUUUAAUAUUAUAGUUGUCACCAGAGCUGAGUCUGGUUUCAUUAGGGGGGUCGGCGGUGGAGGCGCCUGAUCAGGUAUAUAGCCUUCCUCUGUUCCACAGGAGAAGUCGUCUGAGAGGUCCGAGCAGUCCCCAGUGAUGGAUGCCAUUUUGGGCCUGUGAGCGCCAUGAGCCUGCCACCACAAAUCCCCAAUAUUCAUGCCCAGUCGGGGUGCAUCCUGCCGUAGUUUUUUCAUCUUUUUCCCCGUGGGUCUUAAGCACGCUGGGGAGUUCUUCAGAACACAAUAAGGCUGGUCUGGAUGCCGAAAAUUGGGACUGUUCAUUACGUUCUUUACGGACUGUAGCGGUGCAGUACGGCUUUUGGGAAGACCAAUCAGGAGAGGGUUACGAUAAUCCAUGCGGGAAUUUACUAGAGCAUGGACAAGCUUCUUGGUAGUAUCUGGUGCAAGAAAGGGGCGAAUGUGGGCUAUGUUUUUAAGAUGGAAUCUACAGGAUUUGGCAACAUGCUGGAUGUGAGGCUCAAAGGUGAGGCCAGAAUCAAGUAUGACGCCAAGACAGCGCGCUUGCAAGGAUGGACUGAUGUGGGUACCACAAACUUGAAGGGAGAGCGAAAGAGGAGGAUCAGUAUUAGGAGGAGGAAAGACAAGGAGCUCAGUUUUAAUUAUGAGCACAUUUUAUAGUUUGCAUUUUAUUGUUUCUUAUUUGUAUAUUUAUUUGUUUAUUUUAGUAAUUUACAUUUUAUUGAGAUAGCAUUGUAGUUGACAUAAGCUGAGCUGGUUUUAUUUAUUUUACAGUGGAUUACGUCAUAUUUAAAGUUGUGCUCUUUAUUAGUUUGCUGGAUCAGAUAUGGCUAAACAUGGCACCAUUGCUGAGCUAUAUUUCCCAGAAUGCUCGGUGUAUAUAGCACAGGAUGGGUUCCACAGAUGGAAGCUUAGAACCUUGGAGACAGAAUGUGUGAUCUGCAUUGUGUUAAUCAGUCUUGACUGGUCCCACUCAGUAGUAACAAAACCAAUCUCAGCAGCAUUAAAUUGACUAACCUGAUCCUGAUUGGUUUCUAACUCUGUUCAUUUAUUUUAAUUUAUAUUUAUGGUGAUUCUGCAUAAAAAGACAGGAUAAAGUAUGAGAGACAUGCUAGCAAGAAUUGGAAAUUGUAUUCGAAAUUAGAAAAUGGAAUAAACAAAAUGUACUUCUUAGGAUACAUGGAAAUUGGGGAGGGCGGGUGAGAACUUACCUCACUGUAAAUGGAGAGUUUGAGUAGGUAAGAAAGGCCUUAAAUUGAUAACCAGCUUUGACAAAAUCCAUCAAUUCAUAAAUAAUUUUUCGAAUUUCUUAACUAAUAUAUAUAUUUAUCUCCCCACAUCUAGGACAAAGUGCUCCUGGGAACUGAUUAUCCAUUUCCUUUAGGAGAACAUAGCCCAGGGAGGUUGAUUGAAUCUAUGGAAGACUUUGAUGAGAAGUUAAAAGUAGGAUUUUUAAAAAUGUAUUUAUUUAAUUUUCGAUUGCAAGAAAUUUCUAUCCUGUAAAUGUUUGUUUAUAUUUUCCCUACAUGUGGCAGCCUCAGUCAUUCUGCAUUCUAAUAUUUAUAAGUCAUUAUUACAAAUAAAACUAUAUAUAAAUUAUAUAUAUAUAUAUAUAUAUAUAUAUAUAUAUAUAUAUAAUUUAUAUAUAGUUUUGUAUUUAUAGUAAAUGUAUUUAUAGUAUCUUUAUAAAACUAACAUUACUAAAAGUGAAAAUGAUAGAGGGGCAUUCAGUCUGAUACACUCUGAAUUAGCAAAAUGUGGCGAUUAUCAUCAGAUUGUUCCUGUAUUUGCAAAUGUAAUCAUUAAUAAUAGGGAACAACAUCUGGCAAUCCUGCCUGAAAGCAGAUAUCUUCAAUACAGCUUUCGUGUUUAUUAUAUUUUUGAUUCUUUCGAUAACUAUAUCAUCAUCAUUUCACUGUUUUUAUUUUAUAUUUUUGAUACAACAACUAAUGAUUCUUAUUCAUGCUGUAUCAUGUUAGUAGUUUAUUGUCUCAGAGCGCACCCUAUUGGUAGCCUUAAUUUAUUCCAUUUUGGCAUAUUGCAUUCGGAGAUCACUAUUGUCAUCACUAGUGCAAAAAUCCAGGCAACCAAAAAGACAAAAUAUGUUUGCCACAUAGGAACAUAAAAACAAUGUUGCCAUUUAUGAGUUAAAGGAACACUAUAGUCACCUAAAUUAAUUUAGCUAAAUAAAGCAGUUUUAGUGUAUAGAUCAUUCCCCUGCACUUUCACUGCUCAAUUCACUGUCAUUUAGGAGUUAAAUCACUUUGUUUCUGUUUAUGCAGCCCUAGCCACACCUCCCCUGGCUAUGAUUGACAGAGCCUGCAGGAAAAAAAAACUGGUUUCACUUUCAAACAGAUGUAAUUUACCUUAAAUAAUUGUAUCUCAAUCUCUAAAUUGAACUUUUAAUCACAUACAGGAGGCUCUUGCAGGGUCUAGCAAGCUAUUAACAUAGCAGGGGAUAAGAAAAUCUUAAUUAAACAGAACUUGCAAUAAAGAAAGCCUAAAUAGGGCUCUCUUUACAGGAAGUGUUUAUGGAAGGCUGUGAAAGUCACAUGCAGGGAGGUGUGACUAGGGUUCAUAAACAAAUGGAUUUAACUCCUAAAUGGCAGAGGAUUGAGCAGUGAGGCUGCAGGGGCAUGUUCUAUACACCAAAACUGCUUCAUUAAGCUAAAGUUGUUCAGGUGACUAUAGUGUCCCUUUAAAAUCUCAUAAAACGGGAGUUUCACAAGCAGACGGAAGACUAAUAAUAAAAUGUGUGCAUAAAGUGAAACAAAAUGGCAGUGUUAAUAACAGACUGAUGCCUACUCUAUCUGUAAUUAAAGGAAAACUCCAAUGGAAACAUUUAGCAGAUAUGCCCCCAAUUAAAACAUGUAUGUAUUUAAUUCAUUCAUUUUUUUUUUUUUACUGGGGGAAUAUUCAAAAGCAGCUUGUAAAAGCUGCAGAUCUCUUGUCUGCAGCCUUUGCAAACCUUCCCUUUUAAUCCCCCCCGAUUUUCUGUGGCUGUCCAAUCAGAGACUCCCCAAUGCAGUUUAAUGAGACGUCUUUGGAAGGCAGGUGCUCUGUGCAAUUGCUGCCUCUUGAAUUUAGCUCAAGCUUCAGUACGAUGAAAAAAUUAAAAACAUUCUUCACAUAUAACGCAUUUCAGCAAGCUAAAGUGCUUUAGGUGUGUGGCGUGUUCCUUUAAGGCUCACACAGCUGCCUAUGAUGUAAUAUCUUAGGAAAAAGCAUAUUUCUAAGGCCUCCAGGUUAAUAGGGGGUCCAGAGACACCCACUUGUUUAUAUAUAUAUCUAUUUAGUCAUUUUUCUUCAGAAUGAUUUGCCUGUUAGCUGUUUCCACAACCAGUGGGCAAACAUUGCAAAACUGGUGGAUUUAAUUUUUUAAUGUGCCUCUAAUUGAAUGGUUCUAAACCAGGUGGGCUCAUUUAGCAUUUUGCUGUACGUAGAAUUCAUGUGCUGCUGGAAGGACAUAAUUGCUGGCAUCCCUCCUUGAUUGAUCACUUGGUUUCCUUCCAGCGGUGUUUGAAUUCUACAUACUGCUGUGAAUUAUCACGAACACAAAGGUAAUUAAACAUUUUAGGCCCAAACAGGCAAAUUAAAAAUAUAGUUCACUUUGAGUAGUUUUACAAUUUUGCUAUUUUGGCCUAGAAUAUAAAAUUCAGAAUUUCAGACAAUUCACAUUUUAAUACUGCUUAAAAUAUGUUAAAUGCAUCUUAUGAAACACAGAGGAUGUGGGAACCCUAACCAUUAUUUACAGACAGGGUUUGCUCAGUAAAUUAAGAAUUCAAAGUGGAUUUAAAGUAUAUUUCAAAUUUAAGAUCAAAGUAGCUGUACUGGAACUAUGGCUUCCUUGGUUUUUUUAAAUUUGAAAUUCACUUUGAAUUAAUCUGAAUUCUCACUGUAGUGAAUAAACCUGCUAAUAUAUAAAUGGAUAUUUGGCUCCGUAUAUUUGGAAAAGAUGUUCAGUGAGUGGUUACAACUCAACAUAAAAAGACUCGGAGACACCACAAGGUUGGGUAAAGGUGGUUUUAUUUUAACACUUAGAAGACAGAAAACCAGAAUAGUCUUUUAUUUUCCUUCCCUCCCCUCCGAAGCCUUUAAAAGGGUCACAAUUAAGGGAAACGGUGUCAAUGUGUUUGCCCAGCACCUGCAUUAUCCUAAAUGCUACUAAUGGGAAAUAAGGAUAUAGAGGCACACUAAGUACUUCCUGCAGGUCUUUCUAUAACACUCAGUGGCCUGGAGAGGUAUAAGAGCCUGUAUGAUAGGAUAUGUUGCCAUGCAGAGCUAUCAGGCCCACCAUGUUUUAUAAGACACACAUCCUUUCAUUGUGUUAAUAGGCUGUACAUGAAUAGUGUGCUACAUGAUCCCCAGCGAUAAAUGACUUAAUCCAAUAUGACAUUAAUCUGAGAAGUGCCAUCCUGUACCUUAAAAAUCAUGGGGAUACAUACACUCCAAAACUACCAUCUAAACUUUGCUUAAAAAAAAAAAAAAAAACUAUUUAAAACUAAAUUAGGUACAAAAUACACAUUUAGCUCUAGUGGUAACCAAGUGUAUACAGAGACAAUCCCUCUAGAAUGUAAGCUUAUUGAGCAAGGCCCUCCACCUCUCUGUUCCUGUACGUCCAGUUCUCUGGUUACAAUUACAUGUCUGUUAGUCCACCCAUUGUACAGCGCUACGGAAUCUGAUGGCGCUAUACAAAUAAUAAAAUAAUAAUGAUAAAUAAGGGAAACAAUUGAUUGCUGUUUCUUACAGUCACUUGUCGUAGUGUGAGUUUGUACAGCAGAUGGGAUGAAUGCGUUAUUUUUAUAUUUCUUGAACCGUUAAAUGAAAAUGUUUAGCACAUUGAACUUUGUGAUUUUGUUGUUCUGUUUUAAAUAUGUGUCAAUAUUCUUUCUUCGCAGGACAAGUUGCUGGCUGGAAACGCACUGGAUUUUCUAGGACUCAGCAGAAAACUGUUUGAAUGAAUCCAAUUAGGAUUGCGUUUACAUGUAUAUCCGAAGUGUGACUAUGGCAAGCAUCAAUCAAUCUGCAUAUCAUGAGGUUCCUUCUCUGCUAUCCUGUGUCUUUUAAACAAAGAGACAAUCAUUGGACAGGAGCAAUCACCUGGAAACAAGUCACACAUCUAUUUAGUAAAUGAGUAAUGUAAUCCGCAUAUGUAAAUUGCACCUCCAGACACCCAGCUAUUUGUAAUGGGUCACCCACAACAGACACUGAAAUAAUCAUAACAAAGCAGCAGGCAGGGCACCUGGCCAAUUAAAACCAGUGAAACUUGCAACAGUGUAUUUCCUUUGGUGGGAGAACUUAAUCCAUCAAUGCCUACAGCCACCAUGUUUUCCUGGACACAUAUCUUGUCUUCCUGCUGAUAGGCAGUACAGGAAAAGCGUUACCAUUAUGUAUGAUGCAUUCACACUCUGCAGGAAGGGAAUCUGUUAAUAUAGGCAGCACAUUUGGGAUCCCGUAGCUCAUUUAUGAAGACUUCCUUCCUGCAGCUUCUGAAUACUGCAUACUGCAGGUCAGCACUUUUCCUGCACUUUUGUAACUCUGGGCUUGCUGUAUUUCUUAUAAUGUUACAUGGAAAUCAAACUGUCUGUAACUCUGUUAUCAUAUGUUUCUGCAGAAUGGGGGGAGGGUAAUAAAAUAG